GUUGUAAAAGAGGGACUUUGGCUAUCAUUGAAAGGACAACCCUGUGUGCUCUUUCAUUCAGAAAGUGGCUUCUUCAAUGGAGAUUUCGUCCAUCAGAGGGUUAUCUGAACUAGGAAUGGAGGAUCCUACCCCUUUUGGUCAAUGGCAUAUGGAUACUACUGACGAGCUCAGCAUCCUGCCGUUAGCAGCUGCAUUUGGAGAGAACUUGCAGAACACUUUCAUUCACCCUUCAUGCAACAAAAGAACAACUUUAGAAACAUAUCAUAUUGGCAAUGAUAGACCUGCUAAACAGCUUAAAACCAGCAACUGGAAUUCCAUUAGAACUGACAAUAUACUAAAUCCCCAAGCUGCAUUUUCUCCAAACACCACUCUCUCUUUUGUCAAUUCCAACCACACAAAUCCAAUGAGCAUUGUGAAGCCAAAAGAGGAGGUGGUGUAUUCUAAAAGACAUGAUACCUUCCCUUCUGAUGUUUUGAUUUAUCAAAAUUCCUUCAGAGACCAAAAUUAUGUGUUUAAGGCCUGCGAGAAAGCUACGAGGACGGACACAGCAACUAGACUUUCUCAUACACAUGAUCACAUUAUAGCAGAAAGGAAACGGCGAGAAAAGCUUAGCCAAAGGUUUAUAGCUUUGUCUGCUAUAGUUCCUGGCCUUAAGAAGACGGACAAGGCUUCUGUUCUUGGAGAUACCAUCAAGUAUGUGAAACAACUUCAAGAAAAGGUUAAGAUCCUUGAGGAGCAGACCAGGAAGAAGACAAUGGAAUCAGUUGUCCUUGUGAAGAAAUCUCAACUCUUCGCUGAGGGUGACAACUGCUCCUCAAAUGAAAAUUGCAGUGAGCAAUUUAAGGAGCAACUACCAGAAAUUGAAGCAAGAUUCUGUGAGAAAAGUGUUCUCAUAAAAUUCCACUGCGAGAAAAGAAAUGGAGUUUUGGAGAAGAUCCUGGCUCAAAUUGAGAAAUUUCACCUAACAAUCAUGAAUAGCAGUGUCAUGACCUUUGGGAGUUGUGCUCUUGAUAUAACUAUCAUUGCUCAGAUGGAUGUUGAAUUCUGCAUGGCAGUGAAGGAUCUGGUGAAGAAUCUACGUGUCGCUUUCGAAUUGUUCAUGUGAAAGGAAGCUUGAUUCAGUUCACAGAUAGAAGAAUAUCCUCCUUUUUUGUCCCAAGUGUUUUUUUGCAUCUGCUGCAGUUUAAGCUUUUUAAGGAAUAAUAAUCCUCAACAUAUACACCCAGGCAGUACAGGAACAAGGCCCAUUUUGCUCAACCACUUAAGACCAUAUCAUCAAGCUUGUUUGCUGUGAGGUUCAUUUUGCAGGAAGGGUUUUUUCCAUUUUUGCAUGGUUAACUUGUUGAUCAUGUUCAGUCCCCACCUGUUUGUAAAGUAAUCUCACAGCUUAUUUGGUUUUUUUUUUUUUUCUUCCUGUGGGAGGUUGAAAGUUCAACUGAACCAGUUUCUCCCUGUUCUAACCUUCCCAUGGUUUGAAAGGGCAAAUGGUUUUUUAGGUGUGUAAACAAACAGGACCUUGUUUCUGUGUUUUGUUUGAAUUAGUCAGUGUUUUAGAGGUGAAUCAACACCUCAGCCUCUUUUUCUCCUGUAAUCUCCAUUGUUCUGGAUUUUACCCCGGAAAUCUAACAAAAUCUCCGAUUCCGAGCUCCGGUUUUUCUCUCUUAUCGACGGUAACUUCAUUCUCGUCGCCGAUGAUGAAGACUGUCGGAGUUUCUAUUCGUUCCCUGACGUUGUUUUUCGUUGUAUCCACGCUUCUACCCUCGUCCAAGGCCUUCGUUUCCACUCCCGAGCUCAAUCCUCCUUAUCCCAAAGCAAUUUCCGAUUUGAAGGAAGCAAUUGUGAAGGGAUUGGGGUUUCAGGC